AUGAGUUUCCUUAAUCUACAUCAACCUGAUCAAAAUGAUCUCACAUCAUCAUCAUCAUCAUCUUCUUCUUCUUCUUCCUUUUUGUCUUCGUUGCAAAACGCAGAUCAACGUGUUUUCUCAUGCAGUUAUUGCCGAAAAAAGUUCUACAGCCCACAAGCAUUUGGAGGCCACCAAAAUGCGCACAAGCUAGAAAGAACCUUGGCCAAGAAAAGCCGAGAGCAGAGCUUAGCUGCUAGACAUCAGCCAGGGUCGAACCAUGUAUCAUCUACGUGGGAUUCUAAUGGUUCGACCCAUGAUGGACACGUUCAACCCUCAAUGGUACUUGAGGUUCAACAUCAAGAACGGUUUGAUUCGACCCUCCAUAAGGGUGAAAGUGAUCUUGACUUGUCCCUUAAACUUUGA